AUAGAUAGCAUACGAUACAUCGCCAACACUCGAGAAACGAACUCUUCAGUACCUGCGCUUCAUACGCGCACCUCCUCGUCCUCCCCCCAUCCAACGUGGCUGCCUGCCAAGGCCUCGUUCACGCCUUCGAUUCUCAGGACCUCGUUGACGUCUACAUCCCAGACGGUCCUGACGCCCUUAUCCUCACCUGCGAGCAGCAGCCGUGCCCAAAUCGGACACCUCGAUCAAUCGACCAGGACUAUCCGCGCUACAAAGCGAUCCAAAGGACACAACAUCCGCUCGGUCCUCGAAGCACCCUUGCAUCUCGAUCUGCCUCGCGGCACUCUCGCCCUGUCUCCCCCAGCUCCCGCCUUCCCCAAACUGUCACCGGUUCCAGUCAAGUACGAGGAGAUCUCCCUCCAGACCCUGCGCCAGAGCCUGAGCCUGAGGAGGGUGCGAGUGAAGAAGGAGUCUCAGAGUCCGAGUCCGCGGGUUCUGCUUGGUCCACCUCGC